AUGCGUCCAGAAGUCGAGCAGGAGCUCGCUCACACCUUACUAGUUGAGCUUCUUGCCUACCAGUUUGCCUCCCCCGUGAGAUGGAUCGAAACUCAAGAUGUCUUCCUCGGCGAGAAAACGGCCGAGCGGAUCGUCGAAGUUGGGCCAGCGGAUACCUUAGGUGUUAUGGCAAAGAGGACAAUCGCAUCCAAGUAUGAAGCUUUCGAUGCUGCCAAAUCCAUUCAACGACAAAUCCUCUGCUAUAAUAAAGACGCAAAAGAGAUUUACUACGAUGUAGAUCCGAUUGAGGAGGAACCAGAGCCUGCUGCUGCUACUGCGCCAGUGGCAUCAUCAAGCUCUGCGCCAGCACCUGCCGCCGCCGCCGCCUCGGUUGCUGCCGCUCCCGCACCUAGCGCAGGUCCCGCCGCAUCUAUAGACGAUGCUCCAAUAUCUGCCCUUGAGAUAGUUAGAGCAUUGAUUGCGCAAAAGUUGAAGAAGCCAUUCCUAGAAGUACCUCUAAGCAAGGCCAUCAAAGAUUUAGUCGGAGGAAAAUCUACACUCCAGAACGAAAUCGUUGGAGACUUAGGAAAAGAAUUUGGAUCAACUCCCGAAAAACCAGAAGAUACCCCUAUAGAUGAGUUAUCGGGAUUAAUGCAGGCUACCUUCAAUGGUCAGCUUGGAAAGCAGUCCCAGUCACUUAUUGCCCGCCUGAUUUCUUCUAAGAUGCCGGGUGGGUUUAAUAUGACAAGUGCACGCAAGUAUCUGGAGACAAGAUGGGGCCUCGGUCCUGGCAGACAAGAUGGUGCCCUUAUACUAGCCCUUACUAUGGAGCCAGCAGCACGUCUGGGCUCUGAAAACGAUGCCAAAGCAUAUCUAGACGACGUUACACAGAAAUAUGCUACAAACGCUGGUAUUAGUUUGUCUACAGCCGUUGCCGCUGGCCCGGCAUCUGGUGGCUCUGGCGGCAUGAUGAUGGAUCCUGCUGCCAUUGACGCGCUCACCAAAGAUCAGCGAGCUUUGUUCAAGCAACAGUUAGAGUUACUCGCGAGAUACCUGAAAAUGGACCUUCGAGCAGGUGAUAAGGCUGCACAGACCUCACAAGAAUCGCAACAGGUGCUACAGGCGCAGCUGGACCUUUGGAGUGCUGAACAUGGCGAUUUCUAUGCGGCGGGUAUCGAGCCCGUUUUUAGUCCCCUUAAAGCACGUACUUACGAUUCUUCCUGGAACUGGGCGCGUCAAGACGCUCUCAGCAUGUUUUAUGAUGUUAUUUUCGGCCGGUUGCAAGUUGUUGACAGAGAAAUUGUGAGCCAAUGCAUCCGCAUCAUGAGCAAGUCAAAUCCCCUGUUACUCGAGUUCAUGCAGUACCACAUCGACAACUGCCCGACAGAACGUGGGGAGACUUAUAAGCUUGCCAAGGAGCUUGGGCAACAACUCAUCGAAAAUUGCAAAGAAGUCUUGAAUGUCCCGCCAGCUUAUAAGGAUGUAGCCGUACCAACCGGUCCCCACACGUCCAUCGACGCUCGCGGAAAUCUCAAUUACGAAGAGGUUCCUCGACAGAGUUGCCGCAAGCUCGAACACUAUGUCCAACAAAUGGCAGAAGGUGGUAAGAUCUCCGAGUACGGCAAUCGGACUAAAGUGCAAAAUGACCUUGGGCGUCUUGUGAAGCUCAUCAAAGAGCAGCACAAAAUGUCGAAGACCGCGAAGCUUGAAUUCAAGAACCUCUAUGGCAACGUUCUCCGCUCGCUCGCGAUGAAUGAGAGCCAGAUCUUACCUAAGGACACCGGAAAAGCAAAUGGGUUGCUCAAAAAGGCCGCCUUGAAAGCCAAUGGCCAAAACGGCAAGGGCAAGAUGGAAACUAUUCCGUUCUUACAUUUAAAGCGUCACAACUUGCACGGAUGGGAAUAUAGCAAACGACUGACUGGCAUCUACCUAGACUGCCUCGAGGAAGCUGCUAAAUCUGGCGUUACUUACCAGGACAAAUAUGUUCUCAUGACUGGAGCAGGUGCCGGCUCGAUUGGUGCUGAAGUCCUACAGGGGCUUAUCAGCGGAGGUGCCAGAGUCAUUGUAACAACCAGUCGAUUUUCGCGACAAGUGACCGAGUAUUACCAGGCAAUGUACGCCAGGUAUGGCGCUCGUGGGUCUCAACUGGUUGUUGUCCCGUUCAAUCAAGGCAGCAAGCAGGAUGUAGAAGCACUUGUCAACUAUAUCUACGAUGCUAAGAGCGGGCUCGGAUGGGAUCUCGAUUACAUCGUCCCAUUCGCUGCGAUAUCUGAGAAUGGCCGCCAAAUCGAUGGCAUUGAUUCUAAGUCUGAACUUGCUCACCGUAUCAUGUUGACAAACCUCAUCCGGCUCCUGGGUUGUGUCAAGACGCAGAAAUCCGAGCGUGGCUUUGAAACUCGACCCGCCCAAGUCGUGAUCCCUCUGUCUCCCAAUCACGGUACAUUUGGCAGCGACGGUCUCUAUUCAGAGUCUAAACUCGGCCUUGAGACUCUUUUCAACCGCUGGCACUCGGAAGAUUGGGCCAACUAUCUCACUAUUUGCGGCGCCGUCAUUGGUUGGACCCGUGGUACGGGUCUUAUGUCUGGCAACAAUAUCGUGGCCGAAGGCGUCGAGCAGUUCGGUGUACGCACAUUCUCUCAGCAAGAGAUGGCAUUUAACCUUCUCGGUCUCAUGUCUCCUGACAUUGUAGACUUGUGUCAAAUUGAACCCGUAUUCGCAGAUCUGAAUGGCGGCCUCCAGUUUAUUCCCAACCUAAAUGAUACCAUGACUCGGUUGCGUAAGGAUAUUAUGGAAACGAGUGAAGUUCGCCGAGCGGUCACUAAAGAGACAUCUAUUGAGAAUAAGAUCGUAAACGGCGAGAACUCGGAAGCGCUAUACAAGAAGAAGAUUAUCGAACCGCGUGCCAAUAUCAAAUUCGAUUUCCCGCCACUUCCGAACUGGGAGAAAGAAAUUCAACCUUUCAACGACGGCUUGAAGGGUAUGGUAGACUUAGAGAAGGUCGUUGUCGUCACUGGAUUUUCUGAAAUAGGUCCCUGGGGUAACUCUAGAACACGUUGGGAGAUGGAAGCCUAUGGCGAGUUCUCACUUGAGGGCUGCGUCGAGAUGGCGUGGAUUAUGGGCUUGAUCAAGAACCACAACGGCCCCAUCAAAGGUCAGCCCUAUUCCGGUUGGGUUGACGCCAAGACCGGCGAGCCAGUCGAAGACAAGGAUGUUAAGCAGAAGUACGAGAAGUAUAUUUUCGAACACUCCGGCAUACGUCUUAUUGAGCCAGAGCUCUUCGAUGGGUAUGAUCCCAAUAAGAAGAUGAUGCUACACGAAAUCCAGCUCGAAGAAGAUCUAGAACCGUUCGAGGGAUCUAAAGAGACAGCUGAGGAAUUCAAGAGGCAACAUGGCGAAAAGUGCGAGAUUUUUGAGAUUACAGAGACUGGCGAAUACACCAUUCGCCUCAGGAAGGGUGCUACCCUCUGGAUUCCAAAGGCUCUCAAAUUCGACCGCCUCGUUGCCGGACAGAUUCCCACAGGUUGGGAUGCCAAGAAAUAUGGUGUGCCUGACGACAUUAUCUCCCAAGUCGAUCGUGUGACAUUAUUUGUGCUUGUCUCUGUCGCCGAAGCGCUCCUCGCCUCAGGUAUUACUGACCCGUACGAGUUCUACAAGUAUGUCCACGUAUCUGAAGUCGGCAACUGCGUUGGUUCAGGUCAAGGUGGUAUAAACGCUCUUAAUGGGAUAUAUACCAAGCGAAAGAUGGACCAUGACAUCCAGAAGGAUAUUUUACAGGAGUCAUUCAUCAACACGAUGUCUGCCUGGGUCAACAUGCUUCUGUUAUCUUCCUCCGGCCCUAUCAAGACCCCUGUUGGAGCCUGUGCUACAGCAGUCGAAUCAGUUGAUGUUGGUUACGAAGCCAUCAUGGAGGGCAAAGCACGCAUCUGCUUGGUUGGUGGUUUUGACGACUUUGGCGAAGAAGGUUCGUAUGAGUUUGCCAACAUGAAGGCAACGAGCAACAGCGCUGAGGAGUUCGCCCACGGGCGCACACCACAGGAAAUGUCGCGCCCGACCACCACCACCAGAAGUGGCUUUAUGGAAUCUCAGGGUUGCGGUAUCCAAAUCAUUAUGACAGCCAAAUUAGCACUUGAUAUGGGUGUACCGAUCUAUGGUAUCCUUGCUCUUACCACCACUGCAAGCGACAAGAUAGGACGUUCUGUCCCAGCCCCUGGACAAGGUUUAUUGACCACUGCUCGGGAGGCUCCUAGCAAGUUCCCAUCUCCUCUAUUAGACCUAAAGUACCGUCGUCGGCAGAUUGAGCUUCGCAAGAAGCAGGUUCGCAAUUGGAAAGAGUCUGAGCUAGAAUAUCUAUAUGAAGAGGCAGCAGCUAUGCGGGCUCAAGGUCACGAAUUCGACGAGAAAGAGUACACUCAGGCUCGCGCCGUUCAUAUUGAGAAAGAAGCAGAGAGACAAGAGAAGGAGGCCUUGCGAAGUCUCGGAAAUAAUUUCUGGAAGCAAGAUCCUACAAUCGCCCCUCUUCGUGGCGCCCUUGCUACUUGGGGUCUGACGAUAGAUGAUCUGGAUGUGGCAUCCUUCCACGGUACAUCAACCAAAGCCAAUGACAAGAACGAGUCGUCAGUUAUCUGCCAACAAUUGCGCCACCUCGGUCGAAAGAAGGGAAAUGCCGUUCUGGGUAUUUUCCAAAAGUACCUUACUGGCCAUCCCAAGGGUCCUGCUGGAGCCUGGAUGUUCAACGGUUGCUUGCAAGUUCUCAACAGUGGUUUAGUUCCUGGCAAUCGUAAUGCCGACAACGUCGAUAAAGACAUGGAGAAAUUCGACCUAAUCGUCUACCCCAGCCGAAGCCUCCAGACCGAUGGUGUAAAGGCCUUCUCGCUCACUUCUUUCGGCUUUGGUCAGAAGGGUGCACAGGCGAUCGGUGUUCAUCCAAGGUACCUAUAUGCGGCCCUAGACAAGGACACAUAUGCCGAGUAUUCCGCGAAGGUGAUUGCUCGUCAAAAGAAAGCCUACCGCUAUAUGCACAACGGUAUCGUCAACAAUGCCAUCUUCCAAGCCAAGGACCACGCACCGUACACCGAGGAGCAGCUCUCCUCUGUCCUCCUAAAUCCCGAUGCCAGAGUCUCAGAGAACGGCAAGACUGCCGAGCUUAUCUUCCCUGCCGACUUUGCCCAGCGGGCUGCUAAGCCCCAUAAUAUAAAGGCGAGGAGCACGAAGGAAAUGGUGGAAAGCCUGGCCCAGAGUCUUCAGACAGGAAAGAACAAUAAGGUCGGUGUUGAUGUAGAAGACAUCGCGGCUGUUAACAUCGAAAACCCCACUUUCAUCGAGCGUAACUUCACGGACAAGGAGAUUGCAUAUUGCCAAAAGACGCCAAGUCCACAGAGCUCCUUUGCCGGGCGCUGGAGCGCCAAGGAGGCAGUCUUUAAGAGUCUAGGCGUCCAGAGUAGGGGCGCAGGAGCUCCCCUAAAGGAUAUUGAGGUUCUCCCUAACGAAGCCGGUGCUCCCAUCGUUUCCCUUCACGGUGAUGCCCAAGAUGCUGCCAAGAAGGCAGGUGUCAAGGAGAUCAGUGUCUCCAUCUCGCACUCGGAAACGCAAUCCAUAGCCAUUGCCGUUGCCACCUUUUAA